UUCAAUUUUCAUUUUCCCAACUUUUGUUUAGUUUAGUUAUUAAAUGCAUUAUAUGGAAGAUUCUGAGCGAAUAUAUUCUAAUCUGUCAUACGUCUCUAAACCGCACAAAAAUACGAGGUCUAGUCGAUGCCCUCGAAAAGUAACAUGUUUGACAGACUCCAGUCUAAUAAAUAUUACAACUCCGCGUUUCAUAAUAAAACCACUUCCCUCUGAACUUAGUUACGAAUCUUCGCCAUCCUCGGAGGGAAUUAUCCAUUAUACAAAUGCUGAUAAAUCGUUUCGUCCAAUUGAGGGGUCCGAGAAUCCAUUGUUGAACGAGUAUAACAAACAUUUAAAUACGAAAACAAAGAAUUCCCAAUCAGAAAUCAUUUCCGAGCUAAACUAUUCUUUAUCCCAGGGCAAUUAUCACGUUGUUCCGUAUCGUCAUAAAACCGUCCUUUCCUCCAUCGUUUUCAAACAUAUCGCAUCGAUUACGAAUUUUAUUAGCAUACUUCGCGUGUCCAAAUUAAUAUCCGCCAUAAUUAUAUUUAUAUCGUGGUUGACCUUAGGGUGUCACGCUCAAAUCGACAAUCUAAUAUACUCUGAGGCCAAAAAGAUUUUGGCACCGCUAAACAGUAGAAAGGCUGAAAGCAGCAAGGAAUUGAGUAACCUGGUGAACUUAAAUGAUUACACCGGAAUUUCAGAAUUGUACACACAGGGCAAUUCAACCUAUAAUCGUAGCUUACCUUCGACCAAUGCAUGUCCUAGGUGUUACAGGCGUCAAGUCGCUAUUAACCACAGGAUAUCGCUGAUUAAGGAAAAAAUUCUGAAACAGCUGGGUUUGGAAAAGGUACCGAAUAUCAACAAAACUCUACCAAAUCUUCCACCUCUCAACGAUUUAAUCAAAGGUUUUAAAACUAUGCAAAACGAUAUCAGCGAGGUACCAGAUGAGUACAACCAAGGAUUUGAGUAUGAGGAUGCGCCCAAUAUUAUUCCGAAAAAAUUGAUGCUUAUUUCCAAGAAUUAUGUCGAAAGAUACAAACGUCACCGUGAAGAUUCAAAUAUUAUUUCUAAUAGAAUAUACUUCGAUUUGGACAAAACAGUUUACGAAAACAAUAUCAAGAGUGCCAAUCUUUGGAUAUAUGCUUCCGACUAUGAUAAAGUUAAAUGCAGGAAUAUAUCUCCCAUGUUGCACGUUUUUCAGGUAAUGAGAGAAACGUUCAAAAACUCAACGCCCGACGAUCUCAAAUUAAGAUUGAUAAGCGGUAAAGAGAUACGCCACCUUAACAAAUGGGUAUCGAUAGAUAUAAAAAUGCUAGUUGAAUCAUGGAUUGAAAGCCCUUAUUCGAACCUAGGAUUCGUUCUCGUAGCUAAAAACUGUUUAGGAAAGAAUAUCAUCACUACCAAGCCCAUGUCGAAACAAGAAGAGGCAUAUAGGCCAAUUUUGGAUCUUACGUUGUCACCCAAGCCCAAUUUAUUUAGGAAAAAAAGAAGUCUAAAUCUUCAAUGCACUGAAGAAAAUCCGGAAGAGAGAUGUUGCAGGUACCCGCUAGUCAUAAAUUUCGCCGACUUUAAUUGGGAUUUCAUAGUGGCUCCAAAGCAAGCGGCAAUCAAUUAUUGUUUCGGAGAUUGUCCCAUGACUUUUUUACACCAAAGCGCUCACACUUACUUGUACAGGUUGGCUACCUCUCUUAGCGCUUGCUGUAGUCCUUCCAAAAUUUCGGCCAUGUCAUUACUUUACUUCAAAGAAGAUAAUUCGAUUAUGUACGGCGUGGUCGGUGGAAUGGUUGUAGAACAAUGCUCUUGUUCCUAAGGAAUAAAGUAUUUAUAAGUGGACUCAAUGCUAAACCUAAUGAUGAGUGUGAUUAUUUUUUUUUUGAA